CAAACACCUUGCUUCGCGUAUGCCCUUGCCCCUUGCUUAAGAGAAACCCCCCUCUUCUGUGUUUUUGAAAUUAGUCGGAAGAAAUGGGAGGCAGAGGGAGGUCUAGAAGAACUCAAAGAAAGCAUUUUCGUGAUGGCAGAGAAAAUGUCUGGAAAACCAAGAAAUCUGAUUCUCAAGAAGCCGAGGGAAGCAACAACAACAACGAAAACGAUUCCAAUGGAAACAACACUAACAAACCCACUCACUGGCAGCCAUUUGCUAUUGAGAACGCUGCUUUUGAUGAGUACUACAAGGAGCAAGGGGUGGUGCGUCCGGAGGAGUGGGGCUCUUUCAUCGAGUGUCUAAGGAAGCCACUUCCUGCUGCUUUCAGGAUCAAUUCUAGUAGCCAGUUCUGUACAGAUCUUAGGUCACAGCUGGAAGAUGAGUUUAUGAAAGCUCUUCUGGCAGAGGGUACAGAUGGGAAUGAAGCAGAGGGCAUAAAACCAUUGCCUUGGUAUCCCAAUAAUUUUGCUUGGAUGUCAAGUUUUUCAAGGAUGCAGCUGAGAAAGAACAAGAAUCUUGAGAGGUUUCAUGAGUUCUUAAAGCAAGAAAAUGAAAUUGGAAACAUUACAAGACAGGAGGCUGUUAGCAUGGUACCUCCAUUGUUCCUGGACGUACACCGAGACCAUUUUGUUCUUGACAUGUGUGCUGCUCCGGGCUCAAAAACUUUUCAAUUACUUGAAAUGAUACACCAGGAAUCAGAAGUGGGAGCAUUACCUAAUGGAAUGGUUAUAGCAAAUGAUGUGGAUGUACAACGAUGCAAUCUUCUUAUUCACCAAACAAAGAGAAUGUGCACUUCUAACUUGGCUGUGACGAAUCAUGAAGCCCAACAUUUCCCGAGUUGUCGCUGGAAAAAGAAUAAUACCACAAAUGGUUCUGAUUUGGCGGGUAUGAGUAUGACUGAACUUUUAUUUGAUCGUGUGCUCUGUGAUGUUCCAUGCAGUGGAGAUGGUACUCUCCGUAAGGCCCCUGAUAUUUGGAGAAAAUGGAGUGUGGGGAUGGCCAAUGGUGUCCAUUGUCUACAACUUCAGAUAGCCAUGCGAGGUUUGGCAUUGCUUAAAACUGGUGGAAGAAUGGUUUACUCAACAUGCUCUAUGAAUCCAGUUGAAAAUGAGGCCGUAGUGUCUGAGAUAUUACGAAAGUGCGGAGGCUCUGUUGAGCUUGUUGAUGUAUCUUCGGAACUCCCUCAGCUUGUUCGCAGACCAGGCCUUAAGAGUUGGAAGGUUCGAGACAAAGGCACGUGGUUAGGUUCUCAUAAAGAUGCAUGCAAAUAUGGAAGAUCUGGGAUUGUUCCUAGCAUGUUUCCUUCUGGCCAACCCCAUGUUGACACAUCAUCGGAUGAUAAUAAUAAUAAUGAUAAUGAUAAUGAUGAUGUUUUGGUGACCGAAGUUUCAUCUCUUCCUUUAGAGCGUUGCAUGCGCAUUGCCCCUCAUGACCAGAACAGUGGAGCCUUUUUUAUUGCUGUUUUGCACAAAAUAUCUCCUUUGCCAGUGAUACAGACGAAAUCAAGCAAACAUUCCCGAUGUGAUGAAAAAUCCAAACAAUCAGAAGAUAUCAAGGCAAUGGAUGUCGAUGUGAAAAAUGAAGAAUCCGAUGAAGCGACUAACCCAAGCAAAAAACUUAAAGGAACCGAGCCUGAGAAAACUGAAACCCUAAAUAACCCAAAAUCUCGUGCAGAAAAGGCUAAUGACAAGAGAAAAUUGCAAAUUCAAGGCAAGUGGUUUGGGGUUGACCCUGUUGUUUUCUUUAAAGAUGAUGCUAUUCUCACUAAUAUCAAGGAAUUUUACGGAAUUCAUGAAUCCUUUUCGUUUACUCAUCGGCUUAUCACUCGGAAUAUUGAUACAAAUCACGUGAAGAGAAUUUACUAUGUAUCCGAAUCUGUCAAGAAUGUUGUUGAACUCAAUUUCUUAGCUGGCGAGCAACUCAAGAUAACUUCAAUUGGUUUGAAGAUGUUUGAAAGGCAAACAUCAAGAGAAGGCACUUCCUCACCUUGUGUAUUCAGAAUAUCUUCAGAAGGGUUGCCAUUGCUUCUUCCACACAUGACCAAACAGAUAACUUCUUCACCUGCUGUAGAUUUCAAGCAUUUACUGCAAUACAAAUCUAUCAAAUUCCCUGAUAUUGUCGAUGAUCGAUUUCGUGAAAAAGUUGCAGUCCUUGCUUUGGGCUGUUGUGUGGUGGUCCUCAACACAGGUAACGAAAAUGAAGGCGAAGGCGCAUCGGAUCGGCCUAAAGUGGAUAAGUCGACAAUUGCAAUUGGUUGUUGGAAAGGACGGUCGAGUUUAUCAGUGAUGGUGACAGCUGUAGACUGUCAGGAAUUGUUGGAAAGGUCUAGGUUCUCUCCGGUGAACAAAUUGGUCCUAUUAAAUCUCAGACGAAGAAAUAAGGGAGACUCUUACUUGGCAGACCAAGAACAAAAGCAACAAAAUUUUUCUUGCAAAGUCUCAUAA